GCCCUUGGGAUGCCUCUUGCCGGAUCCGCAUGUCAGACCAGAACAGCACCGAUGAUGGGGAGUCAGACCCCCAGCACAGCCUGUCUAUGGUCUUCCUCCUUGUCUUGGUCUUCUUCAUCAUGGGGCUAGUAGGUUUCCUGAUCUGCCAUGUCCUGAAAAAGAAGGGGUAUCGGUGCCGGACUUUCCGUGAUGAGCUCGACCCAGAUAACAAAGACGUGCUGACGGAGCUCCAGGCCAAUGAAGAGGAGGAGCUGAACGAGGACACCGUGGAGAAGAUUGUGAGAUGCAUCAUCCAAAAUGAAGCAAACGCGGAGGCUCUCAAGGAGAUGCUGGGGGACAAUGAAGGGGAUGUCCCAGUGCCAGUGCCCAGCCUUUGUCCGCACCGUAACAGUCAAGACGGGGGACCACCACAUCACCAUACGGUGCACCUGGGCUCCACGCAGGCCCCCUGCAUCCACUGCAGCAAGAGGAAGAAGCCGCCACUGCAUCGACAAGGGAGGUCCAAGGAUGGCAAAGGCAGGAUGCAUCCUGGAGAGACCACUGUCUUCUCAGUGGGCAGGUUUCGUGUCACACACAUUGGGAAGAAAUCCACUUUCCAUGAGCAGCAGGAUGCUCCCCCACCUGAUGGCAGCAAGGAGCCAAGCACAGAGGAGUUAGAGCACAGCAAUGAACGGCUCCGUGAGGAGAGUGCGCGCAAUGGGACUGUCCCCACGGACGGCCUGCAGAACGGAGCUGUCCAGAAGGGUGCACAGAGCAGCAAAGGAACAGAGCAGAGUUACUCAAAUGCCCCAGCUCCAAACACACCAGCCAACUCGGGUACUCGCAGCAAUAGACCAGAUGGCAAGGGGCCUGGGAAGGCAAGCUCAUUGCAGAAUAUUGACACUGCUUUUGGGAGUGCUAGUCGCCAAAGGAAGCAUGUGGGCCAUCGGGCACUGGGAGGGUCAAGUGCCAGCACCCCAGGAGAGCCUGUGGAGGAAGGAGGGCAGAGAGCCAGCAUCUGCCAGGAGGAGACUGGACUGGGGUCAGCAGAUGAAGUAUCAGAUAUUCACGGAAGCCUGAGUCUACAAGAAGGAUCACAAGCUGGUGAGUUGGGAAGCAACUACACCAGCAGGAAACAGCCUGGAGCAGAGGACAUGGGGCAGCAGCGCCGUAGUGCAGGACCCAGGAAUAACCAUCUGACGUAA